UACAAAUUAAUCCAACACACUGGAAAACUUUGUUUAAUUCAAUUCAACUCAAAAUUCCCAAAAGCAAAUAUCUACAGAUAACAUUUGUGUACCUCCAAGCUCCAGCAACAUCACCUUUCAUCCAUAAAAUCUUCCCCCCUCUUUUCUCUCUCUCCUCUUUCUCUAAAAACCCAGACAAACAAAACCUCAGUACUCUCCAAUUUCUUGAAAACCUUCAAUUCAACCAUGUCUAACCCUUUACUUUCUUCAACCUUCCUGACCAAUGGCGUCCAAAUUUUCCCACCAACACCUAAAACCACAAAACCCACAAUUUCUUCAUCAAGAAAGAAAUUUGUAAUCACUCAAUCUUUCCCCAAUUCUCAAAACCUUAAAUUCCCUUCAAAUUCAGCCUUAACAACAGCCCUAAUUUUAUCCUCAACUUUGGGUUCUCAGCAAGCUUUAGCCGUGGAUAAUCUCCCUCCUCCUCAAUCUCAACCUCCCCAAGUAAUUGAAGCUCAACCCAACAAUCCAAAUCUCCCAAACUCAUCACCCUUUUCGCAGAAUUUGAUUUUGAAUGCUCCAAAACCCUCAAAUCCGGACCUUCCAGAAGGUGCACAAUGGAGGUAUAGUGAGUUUUUAACAGCGGUAAAAAAGGGUAAGGUAGAAAGGGUAAGAUUUAGUAAAGAUGGUUCUGUUUUACAGUUAACUGCCAUUGAUGGUAGAAGAGCUUCUGUUGUAGUUCCCAAUGAUCCUGAUCUUAUUGAUAUUUUAGCAAUGAAUGGUGUUGAUAUUUCUGUUUCUGAAGGAGAGGGUGGAAAUGGGUUGUUUAGUUUUAUUGGGAAUUUGUUGUUUCCGUUUAUUGCCUUUGCUGGGCUUUUUUUCUUGUUCCGUCGGGCCCAAGGUGGUCCAGGUGGGCCUGGUGGGCUUGGUGGGCCGAUGGAUUUCGGUCGGUCCAAGUCUAAGUUCCAGGAGGUGCCGGAAACUGGUGUGACAUUCGCUGAUGUUGCCGGUGCUGAUCAGGCGAAAUUAGAGUUGCAGGAAGUUGUAGACUUCUUGAAGAACCCUGAUAAGUAUACUGCAUUGGGGGCAAAAAUUCCAAAAGGGUGUCUCCUUGUGGGGCCACCCGGGACAGGGAAGACGCUGUUGGCGAGGGCGGUGGCUGGGGAGGCCGGCACUCCGUUCUUUUCGUGUGCGGCGUCGGAGUUUGUGGAGCUGUUUGUUGGGGUGGGAGCUUCUAGGGUGAGGGAUUUGUUUGAGAAGGCAAAGAGCAAGGCACCUUGCAUUGUGUUUAUUGAUGAGAUUGAUGCUGUUGGGAGACAAAGAGGAGCAGGGAUGGGUGGUGGAAAUGAUGAGAGGGAACAGACUAUCAAUCAGUUGUUGACUGAGAUGGAUGGGUUUUCUGGAAAUUCUGGUGUCAUUGUUUUGGCUGCUACUAAUAGGCCGGAUGUUCUUGAUUCUGCUUUGUUGAGGCCCGGGAGGUUCGAUCGUCAGGUGACUGUUGAUCGGCCUGAUGUUGCUGGGAGAGUUAAGAUCCUUCAGGUCCACUCCCGUGGAAAGGCACUAGCGAAAGAUGUGGACUUUGAAAAGAUUUCAAGGAGAACCCCUGGUUUUACUGGAGCAGACUUGCAAAAUCUGAUGAACGAAGCAGCAAUCCUUGCAGCUAGGAGAGAACUCAAGGAAAUCAGCAAAGAUGAGAUAGCUGAUGCCCUAGAGAGAAUUAUUGCCGGUCCAGAGAAGAAAAAUGCAGUUGUUUCAGAAGAGAAGAAACGAUUAGUAGCUUAUCAUGAGGCGGGUCAUGCCUUAGUGGGUGCGCUCAUGCCCGAGUAUGAUCCUGUAGCCAAAAUUUCAAUCAUUCCUCGUGGACAAGCUGGUGGUCUUACAUUCUUUGCCCCCAGUGAAGAAAGGCUGGAAUCUGGCCUUUACAGCAGAAGCUAUCUCGAAAAUCAGAUGGCUGUUGCUCUUGGUGGCAGGGUAGCUGAAGAAGUUAUAUUUGGUGAAGACAAUGUUACAACAGGUGCUUCUAAUGACUUCAUGCAAGUUUCACGAGUGGCAAGGCAGAUGGUUGAGAGAUUUGGAUUCAGUAAGAAAAUUGGACAAAUUGCUAUUGGUGGUGGUGGUGGAAACCCAUUCUUGGGACAACAGAUGGCAAGUUCAAAAGAUUACUCUAUGGCAACCGCUGAUGUGGUUGAUGGCGAAGUAAGAGAGUUGGUGGAGACAGCAUAUAAAAGAGCGACUGAGAUUGUCAACACUCACAUCGACAUCCUCCACAAACUUGCCCAGCUUCUUAUUGAGAAGGAGACUGUUGAUGGGGAAGAGUUCAUGAGCUUGUUCAUUGAUGGUAAGGCUGAAUUGUAUGUUUCUUAGAAAUGUCAAGCCAUCAGGUCCAGAAUUCUUGUAGUAAUAUAUACUUGUAUCAAGUACAUCAAUUUGCCAUUCUUGUACAAAACCUGUUAGAAAAUACAUACAGCAUAUUUGAUGAAAAGAAGGAUCUGACUUGUCUGGUGUACAAAAAUUCAACGGUGCACAGGACUUCGCUAUGCCUUAAGCUUUCUCCUUGCUACAGAUUGUAAAGAUAUGUAAAACACCCACAAAAUACAAUGUAAUCUUUUUGUGUAGUGUGCUAGAUUCCUUCUCUAGAAAUGAAAGGGAAAUUACUAGCUCUUGGCUUUCAUUGUA